GUCACUACGCAAAUCUUGUGUACGCGGAGGGAGGCGGAGGUGUAUUGGACGCAGAAGCAGAUACGUUAAUAUUAUUGACGUUAUUACACAGUACCGCACCGAUUUCUUCUCCCCGGGCCUUCCUUGAACUAAAGGGCGAAGAAUGGGAAGGAGAGGACGCGGACCAUUAAAAGCAAAAAGCCUGGUCUUGUCCGCGGACUCAGAGCGACUUUUGUUGGGUUUGAACGCUGUGUCCCGGAGGUUUUAGAGCUCCGAGCAGGCUAACAGCAGCACAGGCUAACUGAGAUCCGUGGCCCUCAUCCUAACUCCCAGUUAACAUCUGCAUUCGCAUGUACAGGAAGAGAAAAUGGUAAGACGUGUGUUCCUCUUGAAUCCUAUAGACAACCUGAGAAGCUACAUCAACAACCGUCCACCGCUGGUCAUUUUUAUGAUCAGUGUCAGUGCGUUGGCCAUCGCCUUCCUGACUGUUGGUUAUUUCUUUAAGAUUAAGGAGAUUAAAUCUCCAGAGCUAACAGAGGACUGGAACACUUUUCUGCUGCGCUUCAAUGAGCUGGACUUUUGUGUGUCGGAGAAUGAGACGAUAAAGCACGGUCUGAAUGAGUCAACCACGCCAGAGAGCAUGGUCGUGACCAGCGGUCAGGCACGGUCUAUCACCCAGGCUCCGGUCCUGCUGGAGGACUCAGGCCCCAUCAACAUCUCUGUCCCCAUCACCCUCACACUGGACCCCCAGCGUCCCUUUGGAGGAUACUCUCGUAACCUCACCCAUCUGUACGCCACGGUGCUGGGGCAGCAGGUUGGCCUUUCUGGCCGAGAAGCCCACGAAGAAAUAAAUAUCACAUUCACCCUGCCUGUGUCCUGGAACUCGGACGACUGCGUGCUGCACGGACACUGCGAGCAGGUGGUGUUCAGCACUUGCAUGACCAUCACAGCAGCCAGCAAUAUCUUCCCAGUCACAGUGCAGCCGCCACACUGCAUACCGGAGACCUACACCAACGCCACCUCCUGGUACAAGGUGUUCACCACAGUCCGUGACUCGGACACCAAGUACAGUCAGGAUUAUAACCCGCUCUGGUGUUACAAAGGAGCAAUCGGCAAAGUUUAUCACGCACUCAACCCAAAACUGACUGUCAUUGUACCAGACGAUGACCGCUCUCUCAUCAACCUGCAUCUCAUGCACACAAGCUACUUCCUGUUUGUGAUGGUCAUCACCCUGUUCUGCUAUGCAGUCAUCAAAGGGCGACCAGGCAAAGUACGACAAACCAACAGCGACUUCUGCCCAGAGAAGGUACAACAGACACCAGCAGUGCUAUAUGACUUCAACAGGUGGCGCUGUCAGAGAGUUAAAAUGAUUUCGUCCAAAGGUUAUGUCAGAACGUAACUGUACAUCCGGACAGAGUUAGGGGAAACUGGAGGAAUAUAAUAUUAACAUGCUAGUCUGUUAGUGAGCAUACUACAGUACGAGGGACUAAGAGUAGCUCUGCGAAUGCGUUCAACUCCCGCAAUGUUGGAUUUCUCCAACCAAAGAUAUAUAAGUGCCUGUAUCUGUGCUGUAAAUAUUUGUAGGAACUCUUGAUUUUUUUUAAUUUCAGGGUGAUUGUUUUUUUGUUUUGUUUUUUUUGCCUGAAAUCUUCGUGCCACGUCUGGAUAUAAACACAACUUUCCUACAUUAUUUUUUGCUUUUUCAUUGAAGUCUCCCGCAUUUUUUUACUUCACUGGCUGAGAGAGAAGCUACCUAGUUUUGGUGUUCUUUAAACUCUAAAAAAAAACAAAAAAUAAACCAAUUUAAAUCCAUUGAGAAGAUGGUGUAUGAUUGUCCCAGUGGAAAGUCAUGAGGAUUAGAUUGUUUUAAAACAGAGGGAAACGUCCUGAACGUACAUGUGGAUUUUGGAAUUUUCCUACAGUACAAGGAAGUGGAAAAGGAAUUCAAGGAACAUCUCUGAAAAAAAAUGAUAAGGUUCCUAAUCACAUACAGACAACCUGUCAUACUUCAGUCAACAUCUGGAAGCAGCAUAAGCAGCACCUGAAUGUGCUUGAACACAUGGGAGAAGAGGGUGAGCUGAUUUUUGCUGAGAGUGUGUUUAAUCUUAACGUCUGCAUCUUUAAAACAGAGAUUACAGUAGAAAUGGAACCUGCA